UGUGCACGUUAGGAAUUUCAACUACAUUUCCCAGGAUUCCUUGAAUUUACUCUCCUUGUUUUGCAGGGAAACCAGAAUUACGAGAGUGAGAGUCGAGUCCAUCCGAGCUGUCAGUGCCUGCGCUGGGCUUUUUAUUUUUUAUAACAACUGUUGUGAAACUGAUCGAAAGGCAGAAUGUUUGCUCGGGCUUUUGCAAACGGACUCUGUAACCGACUUCCAAGAGAAACCUCGCGGACUGUCGGUCUGAGGGCAACGGGGCGGCAGGAUAGGCAAGCUUCCACAGAGGUGGUGCUCAAGAAGACCCCGCUGUAUGACUUCCACAGGGCUCAGGGUGGUAAGAUGGUGGAGUUUGCAGGAUGGAGUAUGCCUGUGCAGUACAAAGACAGUCACAUUAACUCACACAUGCACACACGCCAGCACUGCUCCAUCUUCGACGUCAGUCACAUGCUGCAGACUAAAGUCUGUGGCAGAGACAGAGUGAAGUUUAUAGAGUCUCUAAUUGUUGGAGACAUAGCUGAACUAAAAGACAACCAGGGGACGCUCUCCCUCUUCACAAACACUAAAGGAGGCAUCAUGGAUGAUCUGAUUGUGACCAAGACAGAUUGCGGUUACCUGUAUGUUGUCUCCAAUGCUGGCUGUGCAGACAAAGAUUCUGCUCAUAUGCAGGCCAGACUGCAGGAGUUUAAAGCAGCAGGUCAUGAUGUAGAUUUAGAGUUCAUGGAAGAAAGCCUUAUUGCCCUGCAGGGCCCAUCAAUGACCCAGGUUCUGCAGACAGGUGUGGGUGAUGACCUCAGGAAGCUGACCUUUAUGACCAGUGUUUUGACCCCUGUGUUUGGCAUCAAGGGCUGCAGGGUCACACGCUGUGGAUAUACAGGGGAGGAUGGAGUUGAGAUCUCAGUACCAAGUGGAGAUGUUGUCUCACUGACUGAAAAGUUGUUAGCCGAUAGUGAGGUGAGACUCGCUGGACUCGGUGCCAGAGACAGUCUGAGGCUGGAGGCGGGACUUUGUCUCUACGGCAAUGACAUCGAUGAGACUACCACACCUGUGGAAGCAAGUCUUGUUUGGACUAUAGGUAAGCGUCGUCGACAGGCACGAGAUUUCCCUGGUGCUGACGUCAUUGUUCCACAAAUAAAGGCAAAGACACAGAGAAAAAGAGUGGGACUGAUCUCCACCGGACCACCUGUCAGACAGCACACACCAAUCCUGUCAUCCGACGGCAGGGUUAUAGGUGAGGUCACCAGUGGAUGCCCCUCCCCCUGCCUCAAACAAAAUGUUGCCAUGGGCUACAUGGAAGCUGGCUUCAGUAAAGUGGGCACAUCAAUCCAGGUGGAAGUGAGGAAGAAAGCAAUGCCAGCAGUGGUCAGCAAGAUGCCAUUCGUGCCCACCAAGUACUACAUGGGCCAGUAGACCUACUGAUCAUAAAAUCAUCUGUGUUUAUGAGAGGGUCUGUGGUAGAUCUGUCUGGAAGUAUUUAGCAGUGGAGGUCACUGCCACUUGAUUCCCGCUGGAAUGGAGAACAACAUUAGAGAUUAUGUAAAGCCUGAGAGAGAUGUCAAUGUUGAGCAUUCCAUAAUGUAAACACAAAUGCAAACUUUAAACACAACAAUAAUUUACUUCCAUUUAAAUUACGUUCCAGGACAUUCUGUUAUAAUUGCACAACAUUUUGGCCACUUCACUAGAAAUCCAAAUCAAGUGGACUUUCACGAUGUGGGAAAAGACCACUUGCUGUUUCUCUGCGUGUGUGUCUAACAUAGAGCACUUAAAAAGUUAGUUUGGGUGUGGGAAGGUGACAUCUGCUCUAAAGACUACUGACUAAGAUUCCUUUAAUAAGUUUGCCACAUAUCUGGUUCAUUUUAUGCCGAUGUUUCAGUGUCAUAACUUAAUGAUGUACGAUGGUAAAAUAAUUAACAACGCUAAUCUGAAUGAGAUAAAAACUACAUUAGAAAAGUGCCUAAUUUCUCUGGAGCAGAUUGUCAUGGUGUAGUAUUACUAAUGUCAUUAACUUUAGACCACAUCACUGUGAAGUCUUUCUGUCCGAAAGAACAAUUCCAUUUAUGUUUAUUUUUGGGAUGUUAUUAAAUAAUAAAAUUUAUUCUAUAUAAUUUU